UUCAUCCCUUCUGUUCCUCUCAUCUCUUCUAUCUGCCUCUCACUGGGGCAACAGUCCAGUCCAGCGCUAGCGUUGUUGUGAUCUGCAGAAUCUCCGCUGAAUCCCAGAAUGUUCCGCUAUGUUAAAACUACUUUGGUUGGUAAGGUUGAACAAUGGAUCCCAUUGUUGCAGAAGAGAUUAAUUUCUGCUAUGGAUAUUAAGCGCUGAAUGACAAGACCCACGAACAUCUGAGCUAAUUAAAUUUAGUGUGAUAAGAAAAUAAAACAUGGGAUUUGGAGUCUAUUUUUUGCCAGUCGUAACUGGAACUAUUUUUUGUGUAAUUUUCUUGUAAUUCCCUCCUGACUGUUUUGGCUACAAGAAUAGAGGAAUAGCUCUUCUGUUUUUGGAACACAGCACGCUUGAGGAGUCGGAAAGCAGAUGUUAUUCUUCGGUGUUCUUGGAUUGUGGUCAACACUUUGCAUUUGGAACCGGACAUGGUCCUAUACCUUUUUUUGGAACAGUGAAUUUCUGAGUGAGUGGAUGCCUAGUAUGGCCAUAAAUCGUUGCAUUUCUUCUUUGAGGAUUUGUGUCACAAAGUGAACUUCUAACACUGUAUAAAGAGUUUAUUGGAUGCAACUAGUCUUGUUUAAUAUUCCACCAUGGCAUCUGAUCCUUGUCCUCUCACUGGAGCAGAGAGGGCUGUGUGUAGACUGGUACAUCAUGGAGCCCGACCACAGGCAGUGCUUAAACCUUUACAUUUGGAGCUCCAAGUGUUGGUGAAGAAAAUACGAACCAAGCAAAAACACAGGUACUGGAUGGAGGCCUCUUGCUUGGAGUUGGCCUUGGAAGGAGAGCGACUGUGCAAGGCUGGAGACUUUAAAGGUGGGACAGUGUUUUUUGAAGCAGCAGUCCAGGUUGGAACAGAAGACCUGAAGACCCUCAGCGCCAUUUACAGCCAACUUGGUAAUGCCUACUUCUACCUGAAGGAGUAUGGCAAAGCCCUGGAAUACCACAGGCAUGACCUAACUCUAGCCAGAACUAUAGGAGACAGACUUGGGGAAGGAAAAGCUAGCGGUAACCUUGGCAACACUUUAAAAGUGUUGGGACGCUUUGACGAGGCCGUCGUCUGCUGCCAAAGACAUCUAGAUAUUGCUCAAGAGCAGGGGGACAAGGUAGGAGAAGCCAGAGCGCUGUAUAACAUUGGGAAUGUGUUUCAUGCAAAAGGAAAGCAAAAGUUGUGGGGCUGCACCCAGGAACCAGGAGACCUCCUUCCUGAUGUUAGAGACACUCUGCAGAAAGCUACUGACUUCUAUGAGAUGAACUUGUGUUUGGUCAAAGAGCUCGGUGACCGAGCUGCCCAGGGAAGGGCCUACGGGAACCUGGGCAACACCCACUACCUUUUAGGUAACUUUGUUGAAGCAAUCAAGUUUCAUCGUCAGCGAUUAUCCAUUGCUAAAGAAUUUGGAGACAAAGCAGCUGAGAGGAGAGCUUACAGUAAUCUCGGCAAUGCCUUGAUAUUCCUGGGACAGUUCAGCACUGCUACGGAGUACUACAGGAAAACUCUACAACUCUCCAGACAGCUGAGGGACCAGGUGAUGGAGGCUCAGGCCUGCUACAGCCUGGGAAACACGUACACGCUAUUGCAGCAGUACGAGCGGGCCGUGGAGUACCACCUGAAACACCUGUACAUAGCCCAAGAGCUCAACGACAGGGUUGGUGAGGGUCGUGCCUGCUGGAGUCUAGGAAAUGCAUACGUGUCUUUGGGGAACCACAAACAGGCUCUCCAUUUUGCUAGAAAGCACCUAGACAUCUCUAAAGAAAUUGGAGACCGAAAUGGGGAGCUGACAGCCAGAAUGAAUGUGGAGCAGCUGAUGGAGGCUCUUGGAGUCAACGAGAAUGACCUUUCACCCUCCAGUUCAGAGUUUGAGAUGCAAGGAGCCAGACCCAAGAUUACAAAGAGAAACAGCAUGGAUAGUGUAGAACUGUGGAAGUACUCUUCAGACAAGUAUGGUGACACCCAAAACUUGUCAAAUAUACCAAGAAGAUCCAAGAGUCAAAUAUCUCAGCCUGGUAAAAGGAAAGGGUAUCCUGACAGUCAGUCCUCUGAUGAAAGACCCUGGUUGGACUCGCCAGUAGAUACUGAUGACAUCACUGUUCAAGUCCCUCCUCCAAAGCUGGGCCGUGACCCCUCUGAUGAGGACUGCUUCUUUGACCUCCUUAGCAAGUUCCAGAGCAGCCGCAUGGACGACCAGCGCUGCCACCUAGAUGAUCCACAAAACGGAGACAACAGAGAAGGAACUGCAAACACACCAACCCUAAACGAAAUGAUUGAUCCCGCUAAUACGACUUCUCCGCAAACCGAGGAGCUUUUUGAUUUAAUCGCUAGCUCUCAGAGUCGUCGUCUUGAUGACCAGCGCGUGAGUGUUGGAAACCUUCCAGGCCUUCGGAUUACCCAUAACAACCUUGGGCACCUGGUUGGUGAGGGAGAUCAUCAAGAACCCAGCGAUGACUUUUUUAACAUGCUUAUAAAAUGCCAGUCCUCGAGGAUUGAUGAUCAGCGGUGCUCCCCACCAGAAGCAGGACCUCAUGCACCUACAGUGCCUGAUGAAGACUUCUUCAGUUUAAUCCAGAGGGUGCAGGCCAAACGCAUGGACGAGCAGCGCGUCCAGCUGCCCACAGAAGACCUGGCCAGCCCUCAGUCACCCGACCCUGAGCCACCUGGUGGCUUCCUGAGCUAGAGCUUGGUGAAUAAUGCUGCAUAAUUUCAUGUCAAAGAAAAAAUUAUCACAUUGACUGUGCAAGAAGGAUGAGCCGGUGCUCGAGGACAGCACUGAAGAGUGAACUAACCAGAUUAUCAAUGAGACAAAUUCCUUGUGCAAUAGAUGGCGCCCCGUUAAAUGUCACUUAAUGAGAUUAUUGUGUAUGAAUAUUUAAAUCAAGCAAAGCAGAGGCUGGCUGAUGUAGGAAGGAAGAAAAGAGAUUUAAAUUAUAGUGAAAAAUCUCAAUCUAAUGCCUUAAUCUGAGAGUUGCUUUUCAGACCCAGGAUGGGUUUAGGACACAGGUGGACACGCUCGGGGUGGAGCGGCCAGCAGUGUGAGCUGUGAAAGUUACGUUUUCUAAAAUCAUAAAUGCUGAUUUUAGAUUAAUUCAAAAACAUUUCUCUAAACUGCCAUAAUGUUUAUCACUCGUUAACGAGUGUUACUUGUGCAGUAACAGUGUUAAUAUUUUUGGCUUUUGGGAGUGUUAAACAGCUUUGGUUACUUUAAAUUUAAUAACCAUGAUUCUUUCUUUUAAAAUGUUUAAGUGGGAUUUAAAUAAAGUUUCAUGAGCAUGUUUUUAUUAUAUGCAGUCAUUCUUUUUAAAUAGUCAGAAGCAAAGAUUAAUAAGCAAAUGAUACAAACUGCUUAAAUGGGAAAAAAGGUUAUGGUCUAAUUUAAGCUUAAAAAGUAUUUUUUACAGUGUUUUAUGUUUAUUAACAGCUGAUCAUAAUACUCUGAGCAUCUGCCAGCAAACAGCAGUUUACAGUGAAAACGUUCCGCUAACAGCAUUUGAGCAGACAUGCCUUAUAUUUUACAUAAUGUAAUGCUUUACAUUCAGGUUGUGUUGUUAGUAGACUGCCUCUCUGUGGUCAAAGCCUGUCAUUACAUCUGUGAAUUACUUAGACUAAAAGAGUUAUGACAUUAAAAAGUGUGCUCUGUGGGAAAGAGGGGCAGCUGUUUGAACAACCUUAGUUUGACUUAAAUAAUUUGGAGCAGAUUGAUAGGCUAAUGGCUAGAAAGAGUAGGCUUUAAAUCAAUGUGGUGUGCUAUCAUCAUGAAUAGAUCAUAUAAGUCAACGCAUUACCUAGUUUAUAAACAUUUGGUUAUAGAAAGAACAAUCCUGCACAUGGUUAUUUGGGAAGACACAUGAGACAGAUUCAAUCUGUUUAACGGGAAAAUUCCCAGGCUGCACAGGAAGUCCUAGAGCUAGCUGCCGCAAUAAAAAACUGACAGCCAUGUAAAGUAUAAUUAAAAAGAAAUCCUCCACAUGGACUGCUAUAGAAUUGUUGGGAUUAGAAUAGUUCAAACAUUGCAGGAAUUCAGUUUUGGUCUUGAUCCAAUUUAGACUAGCAGUUAGCACAUCGAAAAAAGGUCAUGGUCUAAUUCAGUCAGUUUAACAGAGAAUGCCAGAAAUGUGCCCAUGUAUCUAAAUCGACCAAUAUUUAGCAUGAUCGGCUUAGUUGGUGAUCAGACGAUCCCAAAUCCUGAUAUUCUUUCAGUCUGUGAGUUCACGCUUGCUAAACUCUUACUAAAGCUUACAAUAAACAGAUCUUCUUGUGUUUUUUCAAACAUACAGUUUUCAAGAUAAUCAAAGUCUUAUUUUUAUCAUAGUUCUGAAAAAUUAAUCUAAAACUGCCAACAUCACUAUUGGCAGGUCAGAGUUGUACAAAGAUUGAAAUUCAGCGUCUGCCAUCAAAACCAUAAUCAGUGAAACUUUAAAGGUGAUCUUUGUUUCUCUAAACUGAGGUUGUUUAAAAACCCGUCAACAACAGGUUCAUACGGCUUUCACAGAAACACAUUCUAAAGUUUCUAAAUCAUUCCUAUAAAGAGUAAUAAUAAUAAUAAUAUGGUGAGGAAAGACUGAAAGCCCUGAACAGCUGGUGUGUUGUGGUACGUUGCACCUUGACCACGAGGAACGUUCUUUACAGUUUAAGGUGCUUCUUUAAAACCAGAUCUAAGCAGGAGAGGUACUGAUAAAUAAAACCAGCAACAGAGCAUCUGUUUGAUGGUAAUCCAUAACUUUGACCUUACCUUGAGGCUUCUUUUAUUCUUUAUAACUAGUUCACACCUCAUGGUUGUAUCUCGAGGUUAAAAACACUCGGUACGUUGAAAUCGUGAACCACAUUCAUCUCCUUGGUAAUCAUUGGGAGCUGCAGGUAAUCUGUCCCCUUUUCGUCUUUCAUUUUCAUUUUGUAAAUUAACAUUCAUAGAAAGUAUCUGGUAUGCUUGUAAUUGUCUUUGCCGUAAUUUGUACAUAUAAAUAUAUUUUUUAUUUAUGUUCCCUUUUGAGGACAUGAAUCUGUUGCCUCAUGCUUUUAAUAAAAUGUUUCAGAUGUCCAUUUGAACAA